AUGAGAGCUGCCGUCAUCAAAUUUCAUAAUGAAGGGAACAGUAACUCCAAAAUUGCGAAAUUGUUGAAUAUUCCAAGAAUGACAGUCUACAGAGCCGUAAAACGUUUCGAAGAGCUUGGACAUGACCGUGACAGACCUAAAAGCGGGCGUCCACCAUCUGUUAACACCGUGGCCAAUCGACAGAUGAUCAAGAAGCGCUUCAUGCGAAAUCCACGGACCCCAGUACGAAAGAUGGCCCGGGAGACGGGAAUCAAAGAAACUACUUUGAGGCGCAUAGUGAGAAAGAAUCUUAAGAUGAAGCCGUACAAACUCAAAAAAGUUCAGAAGCUAACUGAAGAAAACAAGGCGCUACGUUUCACAAGAUGUAAACUGCUUCACCAGCGGGCCGCUGGUCAAAAAUGUGAACGAAUUCUUUUCACUGAUGAGAAGAUAUUUACAUUGUACAGAGGCCUACAAUCCCCAAAAUGA